GCGCAUGCUCACAUGGGUAAAAGUGAAUGCACUGUCGAUCAGAAUGGCUGCGGACAGUACUCUGCUCCUCGGCUUAGUGGAGGAAUUUGUCUCGGGCCAGCAGGACACGAAAGCCACAGAGACCGCGAAAGGCGUCAAGACUGGACAGUUCACUGUUCUGCAGCUGAUCGAAGCAUUGGGUUUGAGUCUCACCAGCUCUCAGCACGAGACUCGGGCCCGAGGCGUCAAGCUCCUCUCACAGGUCCUACAAGAGUGUUACAGCUGUCUGAACGAGAGAGAGGUGGAGGUGCUGGUGGCGUUCUAUGAGAACCGACUGAAGGAUCACUAUGUCAUCAUCCCCCACGUCCUACAGGGACUUAAGGCCCUGACGAAGACUUCAGCUUUGCCCCCAGGGUCAGCAGUGUCCAUGCUGAAGUCUGUGUUCCAGGACACUCAUGUGCAGUCUCUGAUGAUUCAGGAGCGAUCGUGUGUGUACAACAUCCUAAUCAAUCUAAUGGAGUCUCGACAGCAGGAGCUGAAGGGGCUGGGUUCGGACUUUGUCUUUGGAUUCGUUCAGUCGAUGGACGGCGAGCGUGAUCCACGCAACCUCCUGCUGGCCUUCCAGAUCGCUCAGAAGAUUAUCGUGGGCGGCUACGAGAUGGGCAAAUUCACAGAGGAGCUGUUUGAAGUCACUUCUUGCUACUUCCCUAUAGACUUCACACCGCCUCCCAACGAUCCGCACGGGAUCACACAGGAAGAUCUCAUCCUCUCCCUCCGAGCCGUGCUGACUGGAACCCCACUUUUUGCAGAGUUCCUGAUGCCCCUCAUCAUUGAGAAGCUCGACUCCGAUGUUCAGAGUGCCAAAGUGGACUCUCUUCAGACACUGGCUGCCUGUGGUCCUGUGUAUGGACACAAAGAGCUCUCACAGUUCCUCUCAGGCCUCUGGUCAUCUCUACGCAGAGAGGUGUUCCAGACGUCGAGUGAGCGCGUGGAGGCGGCGGCCCUCUCUGCUCUGACCUCACUGACCGCCUGUCUCUCCCGCUCCAUCAUCACCUCCGACUCAGACGACGCGCUGCACACACUCCUCCAGCUUGUGCUCACAGACUGCCAGCACCACCUGUUGGAGCCGGAUCUGAAGCUGGUGUGGCCGAGUGCCAAGAUCCUGCAGGCCGUGGCGGGCGCGUCCUACCGAGCUCACCUGAGGGUGGGCACAGCCGUGAUGCCCCUACUGCUGGAGCAGUACAUCAACAGGACGCAGAGCACUCAGCGGCGCACCCUGCUGGAGGUGUUGCAGGGCUUUGUCCAGCCGUCAGAGGCCAGCAGACCUGCUGAGGGAGAGGAGUGUGUGUUGCUGCCGUUCCAGUCGUCUCUGUGCAGCGUUGUGUUCUCUGCUCUCACCGAGACCGGAGCCGGACUGCAGAUCACAGCCACACGCAUCCUCAGCGCUCUCGGACAGCAGACAGGUGUUUUGACCCCCCAUGAUGUGGAGCUGGCAGUGGAUCAUCUGACCACACUCAUCCUGCAGGAGGAUGACCCACAAGUCAGUGGUGCAGUGGUAGAGUGUUGUGGGUCGUUGGCUCCUCGUCACCCUGCAGCCUUCACCUCCAGGAUGCUGCCUAAACUCAAAGAGUGCAUCUUCACCGAGCGGAUGGUCCAGGGGGACAGCGUCGCCCCAGCUGAGUUGGGCUCCCAUAAUGCAGUGCGGCAGAGGUGUGUGACGGCUCUGGCACGAGUGGCGUGUGAACGCAGCCUGGUGCAAGAGAGCAGUCCUGUACUACUGGACGUGCUGACAGCCGCUCACACAGGCCGUGACUCUUUCUCGGUGGAUGAGGUCAUCUCUGUGUGCCACAGUCUGCAGAGGAUAGCAGAGCACGCCCCACACAUGGAGGCAGAGAUUGGACAGUUCUUCCAUGAUGUCAUCAUUCCGCGACUCCUGGGGCUGGCCGUGCAGGCAGUAGUACAGGAUGAAGGUUCUUGUGGGCGGAGUCCCCUGGCGGAGGAGGCGGUCCUUUCUGUUGUAGCUCCGGUCAUCAGCAGUUCCUGCUCUCGUUUGAAUGCAGACUGUGCUGCGUCGAGUGCAUCUCGGGUCGUAUCUCUCUUCCUCCACGGAGAUGUGGCCUUCCUGCCCCCCACCAACAUCCCACUUCUCAAGACUCCGUUCCUUCAGGUGUCCCAGCUGGUGUGUCUGCUCACGGCGUGUGUGUGUUCGCUGCCACAAAGUGUGGAGAUCCCGGAGAUUGACAGGCUGCUGGAGGAGCUGGAAGAAGUCAGCUGCACACACACACAUUCGUUCACACACACGUCGGCGGCCAAAUGUUACGCAGGCCUCAUCAACAAGAGGCCAAGCGGCCCUGCCCUAGACACUGCCCUUGAGCGCAGCGUGAAGCGGGCCAGUGCUGAGCUGGACAACAGCGCCUCCUGUCUGCGGACCCAGGCACUUACACUGCUGCUCUGGGUGACCAAAGGUCUUCUGCUGCGAUACCAUCCCCUCUCUUCGGCUCUGACAGAUAAGCUCUUCUCGUUGCUAAGUGACCGGUCGCUAGGUCCCCUGGUGGCUGACGGCUUCGCUCUGCUCAUGAGUGACUCGCCUGACGUUCUCAACCGCGGUUGCCAUGCCGACGUCCGCAUCAUGUACCGCCAGCUCUUCUUCUCUGAGAACUCGGCUAAGCUGGUGCAGGGAUUCAACUCCGCACCCCCAGAAGAGAAGGCGGGGUAUCUAAAGGCUCUGUCCCACAUCAUGAACAACCUGCCCAGACAGGUGCAGCUGACCGAACUGCCUGCGCUGCUGCCGUUGUUCCUGGAGGCGUUGUCGUGUCCAGAUGGGGGGGUCCAGCUGUCCACUCUGUCCUGCCUGCAGCCCGUGUUGCUCGACCCCCCCGCGCCACUGACCAAUCAGAUGGAGGCGCUCAUCCCACGCCUGCUCACACUCACCACCAGCCCUGCCAUGAAAGUGCGCAUCGCUGCCCUGCGCUGCAUCCACUCCCUGUCCCGCCUGCCUGAUCACAUGAUGCUGCCGUUCCGAGCGCGUGUGCUGCGUGCUCUGGCUGCUCCACUGGAUGAUAAGAAGAGGCUGGUGAGGAAGGAGGCCGUGCAGGCCCGGGGGGAGUGGUUCCUGCUGGGAAGCCCAGGAAGGUGAACUUGAGAAGGAGGAAGAGAGAAAAGUGUGUGAGUGUGUUUGAGAGACAAGGAUGUGUGUGUUUGAGAGACAAGGAUGUGUGUGUGUGUG